UUAAUAAUUAAAUGUCAUGAUAAAUAUAUUAAAUAUAAAUUGUAGUAUAAAUAUAACAUUGUACAUUAUAAAGACGUAUUUGUGAUUCAUUGGUAAACAUAAAGAUUUGCAAUAAGGCAAGAGCUUUGAACAAUAGUUGAUUCAUAAAGUAUUUUAAAGAAGGAAUUAUCUUGGCGACAUUAUUCAAAAUACACUUGUGUUAAAUUAAUAACAUACUCAGUGCACAAAUAUCUCAAAAUGUCUGAAGCUGCUAAUGAUCCGAUAAUUAAAAUUGAACCCCAAGAAUAUCCAAUCGAAGACAUUAAACAGGAAAUUGAGGAAGAUUAUGAAUCGUGUUCAGAGGAUGACAAAACAUGUCUAAAGAGAUUUAUGAACUCUAUAGUAAAAAUAGAAGAAGAAGUCCAACAAGAAUUAAUUCAGACUGCUCCUUAUAAAUGUGACAAGUGUAAGGGAUCAUUUACAGAGUUGCAUUAUUUAGAAUACCAUAUAGCGAAUUAUUGUCAUAAGUACAAGACUUCUUCAGAUGCAAAUGCAUUAGAAAUGCAUACAAAAUCUCAUACAGGUGAAAAACAUUUCACAUGUACAAAGUGUGAUAAAGCAUUUACUGAACAAUAUCAUUUACAUCAACACAUUUGUGCUCCUGCAAGAGAACAAAUUUCGCAUUUGAAUGAAUCUGGUAAUCAAAAACAAAAUAUUCCAAAGAGGUCAGGUAAACGUACUCAUGUUUGCCAAAUUUGUGACAAGAAAUAUACAAAACCGUAUAGGUUGAGAAAACAUAUGCUCAUUCACACCGGUGAAUGUCCACAUGUUUGCCAAAUAUGUGAUCGAACAUUCAGUCGUUUGGCUACCUUGAAUCAGCAUCAGCUUAUUCACACUGGUGAACGUCCCCACAUUUGCCAAAUUUGUGACAAGGCAUUCACACUAAUAGGUACCUUGAAUAGACAUAUGCUCACUCACACUAGUGAACGUCCCUAUAGUUGUCAAAUUUGUGAUAAGACAUUCACACAAUUGGGUACCUUGAAUAAACAUAUGCUGAUUCACACUGGUAAACGUCCCCACGUUUGCCAAAUUUGUGAUAAAACAUUCACCCAAUCGUGUAGCUUGAAAAAACAUAUGCUCAUUCACAUUGAAGAGCGCUUCUUCAAAUGCAAAAUCUGCGAUAAGGUAUUCAAACAAUCAAAUUCUCUGAAAAAGCACAUGGUUGCUCAUACCAAUGAGUAA